AUAAACACUCUCCAAGUGAAAAAUUGUUCUAUCAAAGAGAUAUUCUGCUUUGAAAGGCCUAGUUCGGAUUGCGCCCAAUUUCUACCACAUCUUAAAGAAUUGAAGUUGGCUUCUCUUUCAGAACUAAUUUCCAUAGGAUUUGAACGCUCUUGGAUACGAGAAUCAUCAAUUCUCAGAACUCUGGUAACCUUAGAAGUAAAAAGCUGCUCUGGUUUAACAAGUUUAAUUUCUUCUCCUGUUUGUUUCUCCAAUUUGACACAUUUGACUGUAUCUGAAUGCGAUAGCAUGAUAUAUUUGUUCACAUCUGCAACAGCUAAAAGUUUGUCUCAACUCAAAGAGAUGAAAAUAUCUAAUUGUAAAUCCAUCCAAGAAAUUGUGUCUGAUGAAGGAGAAGAAUCAAUUCAUAAUGAGAUAGUAUUUGAGCAGCUGCAAGAGUUAAGAUUUCAAGGUUUAAAAAACCUUAGAAGAUUUUACAAUGGGGAUUUUACCUUAUGCUUUCCAUCGUUGGAGGAAUUGGAAGUAAUUGAGUGCCACAGGAUGGAAAUUUUCUGCGAAAGUACCAUCAAUACAAACAAGUUGUCAGCAGUUCUUUUGGAAUAUGGAGAUGCAACCCCAUUGGAAGUUGAUCUUAAUUCUACCUUACUUAAUAUUUACAAGGCAAAGGUUGCAAAAUUUGUGAGGGAAGUAAAGGAUUUGAAGCUCAGCGAACACCCAAUGAUACAUGGAAUAUGGAAUGCUCCAUUUCGAGUUCCAUCCUUGUGCUUCAUCAGAUUGAAGAUCUUGAUUGUGGAAAAAUGUGAAUUCACAUCUAUUGUAAUACCCUCUCACAUACUCAGUUUACUAUGUAAAUUGGAAGAGUUGGUAGUGCGACAAUGUGAUUCCGUGACAGCAAUAUUUGAAGUGACACAUGAAGCAAAAGGCACAAAGAUCAAUUCUUUAAUGUCCAGGUUGAAGAAAUUGACUAUUGAGCAACUACCAAAUCUUGAACAUGUUUGGAAUUCAGAUCCUACUCAACAAAUUAGUUACUUUCAGAGCUUUCAAGAAGUCUAUGUUCGUGGAUGCAACAACCUUCAAAGGUUAUUUCUAACAUCUGUGGCUGAAAAUCUAAAUAAACUUGAGAAACUGGAAGUGACAGAGUGUGAUAGAUUGGUGGAAAUUGUUGCAAAGGAUGAAGUAGUUGUUGAAGGAGCUCCUAAAGAGUUUGCAUUGCAAAGCUUGACCUCCAUAAAAUUGUGGUCUUUGCCAGAAAUGAAAUGUUUUUACCCUGCUCUGCACAAGCUAGAGGAAGUGCACUUAUUCUACUGUAGAAAGUUGAAGACAUUCCAAUUUGAGUCUCAAGAAUUUCAAUGUCCACAAGCAGAGAAUCAAGCCAUUUUCUUGCCAAAAAAGGUAAUCCCGUACUUGAAGUUUUUAGCAGUCAGCAAGGAGGAGAUCAUGAUGAUGUUGCAUGGACAGUUUCAUGUGAACAACCUUUCAAACUUAGAAGCUCUUCAAUUGCAAUGUUUUCAUGAUGAUUCAGAUACCUUACCAUAUGAAUUUCUUCAACGGCUGCCCAAUAUAGAAAACCUCAUUGUAUGUUGUAGCUCUUUCAAAGAGAUAUUCUGCACUAAAAGACCUACCAUGGAUUGUGUGAAAGAAAUUAUUCCACAAGUGAAGUGUUUGCAGUUGAGUUCCUUGUCUCAGCUGAAUUCCAUUGGGUUAGAGCAUUCUUGGGUGCAACACAUUUCUGAAAAUAUUCAAAAAUUGCAAAUAGAUAAGUGUCAUAGUUUGAGGAGCAUAGUACCAAGCGAGGUAUCGUUCUCGAGCCUAAUAGAGUUAAACAUAUCAGAAUGCAAUGGGCUUGUGAAUUUGUUCACACCUUCAACAAGCAGAACUCUGCAUCAGCUGAAGAAUAUGUCCAUAGAAAACUGUGAAUCACUGAAAGAGGUUGUGUCUGAAGAAGUAGAAGAGUUAUCAGGGCAUGUAGAAGAGGAGAUAAUAGUAUUUCAUAAACUGAAAACUCUGUCCCUUCGCUCUCUACCAAACCUUGGAAGGUUUUACAAUGGCAACAUUGAGUUAAAAUUUCCAUCCUUGCUUCAUUUGUUGCUAAUCGAUUGCAGCAAGAUGGAAAGUUUCUGUGCAGGUACAGUAUCUGUGAACAGCUGGAUGGAAGUUCAAUUCAAGGAUGAAGAAGAUACUGAAGUCGACCCGUUUGAUGAAGAUACUGAAGUCGACCCGUUUGGAGAAAAACAUGCAUUCUUGGUUGAGGGUGAUCUCAAUUGUGCUGUACGGAACGUAUUUGAAGGGUUCUAUUAGAGGAGUCCAAUUCUAAAGAUGGAGUUAAAGACAAAAGAUGCGACACCUAGCCAUAUCAAAGGAGUUGAUGAAGAGAAAAGAUUUGUUGUCACUUUGUCAGUUGCAAUUUGAUUUGUUUUAUAUUAUAGUUGUUUUAAAAAAAUCCAAAAAAAAUUAAAAAUGCAAAAAAGAAAAAAAAAA